AUGAGCAACUUACGUAGGCUGGGCUUUGUUGUUCAGAAACAGAGUUUACCUACCUCUCCUGCUCCAAAGCCGGUAGAUCCAGAUGAUGAUCUUACUCUGGCAGAGUUCCAUGAGAGUGACAAAACCAAGCCGAAGAUUAUUCCUCCACGAACCAAACCGGAAGUCAAGACAAAACCUGCGCCUAAGAAAGAAGAAAAGAAAGUCAUUCAUCCUCCCGAGGAAAUUGAAGACGCUGAUUAUUUAGCGGCUCUCCUCGAUGAGGCAACAGAUGUUGAAGCUGAGGUUCCGUCGGGCAGUGUUCGGCCUCCAAAAGGACCGGCCAUUUCCCCUGAUGUCGGAAUCAAGAUGCUGAAGAGGUCGAGCCCGGGCCUAACGGCGCAAGCAUCCCUCGAUGUAGAAUGGGAUAAGCUUAUGCUCAAGAAAGCCUGGGAUAUGGGUUCUGUACGCGAGUGGGAGGACGUAUCCAAAGAGGCACUCAAGAAAGGUAUCUUGGUUGUGAGCAUAUCCCCUGAUUGCAAACUCACAAAGCACGACCAUCCGUUUGCGCAUGUGUUCGACAAAUCCAUUCCGGAUCCAGCUGCCAAGCCUGCCGGUGCUGCUCCUACACAAGACUACACCGAAAUCUUCCCUGAGGAAGGUGUACUCGUCAGACACCACCUUCAGCCCAGGAAGGCAACGUAUCGACCUUCGAAAGAAGAGUCAGCGCUAAUGCAACUUGGCCAGAUACGCUACACUGAGGUCAACCGUCUUUCAGGUGGGGAUAAGUCAGAGAAGUGGGGUAGCACAUCAGAUGGUAACAAGCUUGGGGAGCUUUGGAUGGGUCGAACAUAUUUAGUCACGGAUGAUCUUGAUAAAGCUUCUGCUGUGGCUGCAGUUGCUAAAGUCAAGAACCGCAACAAGAAUGAUGCAAAGAAACAAGCUAGAGCUCAGACUUUCUAUGACGUAAAUCAGUUAAGCAAUAACAAGGGAUGCAUGUACAACAAAGCUAGAGAAGUCGUCUACGACAUGAGCUCAUUUCUCCGACAAGCUGUUGACAGGUACAAGUCUCUUGUUCCUCAGGAAUUUCGUGACCUCAAGAAGGUCAGCGCCCCGUUCGCUGAGGAUAAGAUUGCACGACCGACUAGAAAGCCAGUGCCGCCACCUCUCGCCGGGCCAACGCCACGGCACAAAGGUCAGAUCGCACAUAAAGAGUACCAAGAUUGUGAGGUCAUACGCAUCACUGAGAAUGAAGACCUCAAUGAUCCUUCUACUAGGUUGCCAGGUGAGCAGGGCCAUUCUCGUGUUGUUCCAGCAGCAACUGCCACUCGGACUCGCGCCCACUUUGCAAUCCCUAUCUUUCAGCACUCGAUCAUGGCUGCCNNUGCUCACGCUCGCCGAAAGGCAGAGUCGUGUUGCCGCCUUCAUGACCACCUUGGCCUCUUUCUCGGCUUCAUCCCCAACCUUGAAUGGUUGGUACUUCGCGAAGGUAACCCCGACGCAACUUGGCCUGAACUGGUCGAAAAGUGGUACGGGGAGUUCGGUGUGAAGUUUGAUCCGCACAGUGGAGAUACCCCAUCCAAAAUCAUUGGAGAUCUCAACCUCGCGGGGUGGGCGACCGUGAUGGCCGACCUCAUCCGAGAUAUGGCGGUGUUGGCAUGUGAUACCUACAAGGCCCCUCACGCUUUGGACAUCACUAAGCGGUAUGACAUCUGCAACCGCAUAGUGCAGCUCAAAGAUGGACUCGGGGCCUACCGGAUGGCCCCUCCCACUGAAGUUCGUGGGCACUUUGUCAUUGUCGGCGACUCCUCGCUGGCGCUGUGUCAACACCAGAGCCGGCGUGCCACCUACAAGACAACGUUCGAGGCCCCGCUUUCGCAGGCCGUCCAGAUCGAUCCACGGAUCGCAUCUACGCAUGUCCGGAUGUUGUGGGGGAAAGGGUUGCACGAGAUUGCCAAUGUCAUUGAGGGGCUCAUCGCCGACCGCAAGGUGGUGAAGUUCCCAGACGGCCUUGACAUCAUUGUUUCCUGGGCCGGGAACGAUGUCUACGGCCCGUACGGCUACCUCGGCUAUACCUGGCAUCUCUCUCAGAGCGCGGGACUAACGUUCCAGCAAAUCAAAGACCGAGUCCACUGGCCCGCAAAGCAAAAGGCCAGGGUUCAGCGGUCGCUGUACAGGAUUAUCGCCGCUGCUCAGCACGAUUGUGUGAACUCAAUCACCUUCGUCGGCGGCCCAGAAAACUCCUUGAUGUUCAUGCUCCCAAAGGCCUACGACGAGGCGAUGUCCGAGCACUUUACUACUAUUGCCGCGGCCGGGCUCAACGUCGUCGACCCAAUGCCCCUCCUCUCCGAGGUCGACAAGUUCGACGACUAUCACACGGCGUACACAGAGCAAAACCUCAGCGUGUGCUCCAAUUGGUACCGAGCUCUUUGCAGCGGCAUCCUAACGGAUCGCCUUAUCAAGAUCAGGAAAUGCGAAUUUGCGGAGAAUUCUCGAGCCAGGAUUUUCCAGAAGCAUUUCCGGGGGGCGACAGCCCAGCCCAACAUUCCGCUGCCACCGAUCUCUGGACUCAGGGGUGAGCAGCUGAGGCUGGAAAGAGGAGAAGACGAAGAGAUCGUGCUCAAUGCACCAUUGCUCGCAAACCCAUCAGAAGGUCAAGAAGAUCCUAUGCCGUUGCUUCCGAAUGUCAUGGAAGAGGUGACCGAGGUCGACCACGCUAUGUUCGCUCCCUCUGCAGCAGUUCUGGGAAAGGAUGAAGAAGAAAUCCAGGCCACUAUUGGAGUAUCCCUCAUCCAAGAGCUCGAUGAGGAAAUCCCAGACGCAGACGCCGUAAGGAUCGAGAACGAAGGUGAAGUUCAGCAGUUUGUCGUUCCCGACCAAACGGCGGGCGAAGGCCCUGCUGAGGAGCUCAUUGCCACAAGCGUGGUCCGCCCUCCGCCUUUCUUCAACAUUCCACAGUCUUCCGAUGAUGGCGAGGCUGAAGAGGAGGCAGAGCAGAUCAUCUUCCAGACCGCUGUGCCCAAGACAAAGGCUAUGCCGAAGGCUGCAACAACAACCACAUCAGACGCUGCGGCUCCAGUCGUUGACCUUACUUUGCCGAUUGCAAGUAGGACACAUGAGCCAGCUGAUGAGCCUGCACCGAUGAGCGAAAGCUUGGGCCGAUCGCAGUAUGCGUUCACUACCGCACCUGGGCCUCCAACGGAAGGCUACCAUUGGAUCAUGGGUCCUGAGCUUCCACCUAUUGAUCGUGACUUCCGUCGACGCAAUGCCUCAAAGAUGGAGACGCUCAACCGCAAGAUGACCUACCUCCUUCGUGGAUGGUCUAUGCGGACUGCGUCCGGCCCACAUCCCGACUUUGACGCGGCAGAUUUGAGUGUCUCUUGGACCAGCUUCCUCGCCAACCUUGAGAAGAUCUGGAACAGGCUCAGAACCACCGAUGUGAUCGACACCUUGGCAUCAAUGCCGAAAACAAGAUUCCAGGUGUUCGUCGCGUUGAAGGACGGCAAGUACUUCAUCACGCGAAUCCGAGCCAUUCAAGGGCAUUCUUCCGACAUCCUAACGGAUGAUCAAGAUUGGGUCGCCAUUCACAGCGACAUCUACCACCUUUCAUCCAAUUGGGAUCCAUCGCCUAUGACCCGUCCUCCGGUGGGGUACGAUGGCCACCUCUCAGCUGCCUUCGCAGAUAUCCCCAAGAUCGCCUACCACGCAACAAAGAGGAAGAACAUUGCCAGCGUGAUCUUGAACGGGCUAUUCCCUGGAGGCCUCACGGCGGACGGAAGUCCUGUCAAACCCUUCGUUAUGUUCUCGGCCGAACCCAACUGGGUCAGAACAGACAACGAAGGCAUUCGUGAGAACGCUGAGAUCGAGGUUGUCAUUGAUCUGCAACUUGCGGCGCUUGAAGGAGUACGUUUGCUGAGGACUGCCAGUGGAUGCAUCCAAACCCCGGAUUGGAUCAGCAAUCGGUACAUUACUUUCAUUUACGACCGCCGCUCUAACGAGCCGGUGUGGCACAACCGUGCCUACGGCUUGUAUCGCCAACGGCUUGCUGCUGCUCUCCACAGCACCACUGAGGCUUUCUCCAUCAUGUCCGAGCGCGACUCCGAGUUCAUCAGUCGCCACGGCUCUGGAUGUCUCUUGGAUGCUUAUGAGGCUGAAGUGCGCAGCGAUUUCAAUGAUUGGCUGGAGCUGGCGGGAGGAGGCCGCAAUCCCUAUCUCCUGAGGUUCGUGGACGAGGGCGAUCACGGACUUGUCGUGAAUAUAGCCGGCCAGAACACCAACGUUGACCUUCCUGACGAAGUCCUUGAGGCAACUACCGAGUAUGAUCAAUGCAUCGCCUAUGAGGCGUACAGAGAUGGCCUCUAUGUCUUCCCGAACAGGAUUUGUCUCUCAAAGCACCACGACGGCUUCAUCCAUUGCAUGGGCUGUGGAGCUCGAUUCGAGCCGCGCACCGACUUCUCUGGACUCACACAAGGGAGUCGAGAAAGGGACGUCGCCGCCCGAGAGGGCAGGCCCUUCAAUGUGAUGAGUUUGGCGCCCCGAGCCGCUACACAUGCAACUCGCCAGCGAGGUCUUACUUCUACUGGUGAAGAACGCAUGCAACAGUCGGCGGGCGCAAGCCUUGCCAAGAAGGCGCGGAACGUCGCCAAGAAAGUCUAUGACCGAAGCGGCGGACGCCUUGCCGACCUACUUUCCGGGCAUCCCUGGGAGUCACACAACUAUGCCCGUCAUGGACUUUAUGUGACCACCCUGGAGGAGAUCGAGGUCUUCCAGUACAUCCGCACGCCCAACAUCGGGCGGGAGAAUGUGCCGACCCACGAUGCUCGGUUCGCCAUUGCGUGGCGUGAUGGGGUCGCAGAGCUCGACUUCGGACGCUCUUGUUUCCUGAGCUGGAAUGAUCGCUUCUACAAAUCAGAGGAGGCGGUCAUCAUCAUCCAGGCAACAAUUCGCUCCGGAGGGCAACCGCCACUCCGCAUUCUCAGAUUCAAUGGUGAUGUUUGUGCGUUCCGUGACUCCUCCGCAGCCGCAAUCAUGUCAGGCCUGCUCGACAUCUUCAGGAGGGACUUGAUCCAUGCCAAGCGUGGAGAAAGGGAGAGUGUGCCCACUAUUCACGUCCGCGGUAGCCUCCACAUCCCAGAAGCCCUUGCUUCAAUCAGCAGUCGCCAGUUGAACGAGAUGCUCGCGAACACGAGAUUCCACCACCGCAUCUACGAUGGCAGCGUCCAGAGCAAGUUCAACAGAGCAUUCCCUCGGGGUCGUGAGCGCUAUUCGCCGGCCGAAAGGCUUGGUCGAGCACGUCAGCAACCAGUUCCGGAACGAGCAAGUGGAUCUGGCAUCGCUCGACCGGUCACACCACCAAAGACACCUCCGAAGACACCACCGCGUAAUCCUACCACCUACUUGUCAGAGCAGGACUUUGCCAAUCUGCGAGAGGGUCGUUACGGCCGUUUUGAUGCAGCAGCCCCGGCACGAGCCAUUCCGCAGUCAUCCCGGCAAAGUGGCUUCAACAAGGGUGAGAGCGGCUACUCCACCUCAGUCCUCUACGGCAUCCUCUCACGAAACUCCGCCGAAGAGGAAAACAAGGACUAUGACGCCACCGAUCAGAAAGGCGCCUCUCCAUGGAGCGCGACCGCCUCCGUCACCCAAGGCAGCUCCUGUGGUGACCGAAGGACGUGGCCCAAAGGCAGGGACGGUCAACCGACCAGCAGCAAAUCGUCCCGCCGCCUGAAAAGGCUGGCCAACCUCCUCUUGUUCUUGGCGGCGCACGCGCUGACGGCACCUUCGUCACGCUCCGUGGAGAGCCACUACCGGCUGUGCCCAAGCCUAAGGAGGGCAGCGCAGCGGCACGGACCACCACCCACUAACGCGGACACUCGGCCCAACAACGUCUCUGCCGAGCGCCAGGCUAUCACGAUGAGAACGAUGUUCCGCAACAUCGAAGAAGCCCAUCGCGACUACGGAAGCCCUCUCAGCAACUAUCCGUAUGCCGAGCAGGGCGAGUACAUUGACCCUGGAGUCCUUCCGCUGAACAGCUUCAAUCGUGUUGAUCAGUAUGUUUGGGCUGUUCUCCGGGCGC